UUCCCAAAUCUUUGCUCUGUGGGUCAUGCGCCAGGAGCUCGGCAUUGUGGCCCGGUCUGCUAUCCGCACCUUCUUGGAAAGAGCGUCAGAGAGCAGCUGAGAGAGGCUUAACAUUUCAAACGUCUGGCGGUAGGCUGUAAAGUUUCCACCCUGAAAACACUGACAUGCAGCAGCAGCAGCAGCAACAGCAACAGAACUCUGGACUCUAACCUCAUGGGCUGGUGAAUUCUGUAAAGAUUUGCGCACAGACUCCCGGGGAUGCCGCUCUUAAUGCGUCGAUUUGGGUUCUUUGUGAUGGAAGAUCAUGUGCUUAAGAUAGGAUAAUGUGUUAAGGCUCAAGGUGCUAAAAUAAAAUAUUUUACUUACAUUUGAAUGCGUGCGUAAGACAACAUCUGAUUCUAUUGGCAUUUAAAGAGAUUCCUAUUUGAAAUCACACGCCCACCUUGAAUUAGUUUUAUCUCUUUUGUGCAGAAGUCUGCUUAGCAACAGCACAGAUAAACACGGACUUAAAGGUUUAGUCAUAGAUGUCCGCUCAGCUGGAAGGAGGCCUGCAGCUGGAGACUACAGCAAAACUUGAUGUAAAAUCCGAAGAAGUUUUUGACGUGACAAGUCCUGACGGAUGCUCCGGUCAGCGCGGCUGCCCAGGGGACCGUGGAGGUCUCACGAAAGCGGCCCUGUCUCCGGACAGCCCGCAGCAGAGACAGCGCAAGAUGACUCGGAGCCCCAAAUGCGCCCGCUGUCGAAACCACGGCGUCGUUUCGUGUUUGAAAGGCCACAAACGCUUCUGCCGCUGGAGGGACUGUCGCUGCGCCUGCUGCCUGCUGGUGGUGGAGAGGCAGCGCGUCAUGGCAGCGCAGGUCGCGCUCAGGCGGCAGCAGGCUGCGGAGGUGAGGAGAGCGCAAGGCGAGGGUAAGAGGGGGGUCAGGUGUGCAGCUCCUCUGCGGAGGACAGCGUAUCAGUGUUACACCAGAGCAGGCGAGUCGAGCAUCGUGGCUAAGAGCAUCCUGCAGGGUUCAGGAUUAAAACCUGCCGUGCCUGCAGAGGACGACGCCUCCUGUUGGUCCAAGCAGGCGCAGCAUGAUCCGGCGCACUUCCCGUGCCCCUCCAUCAGCGCCCGGAUGAGGAAGAGACGAGCUUUCGCGGACAAGGAGCUGGAGAACGUGAUGAUGGAGCACGAGCUGAGACAGAGAGAGUUUCAGAAUGACCUCUCCUUUUCGCCCUCGGCCCUCAUCCCCGUGCUCCACCCUCCAGCCAUGACCAUCUCGCCAGGCCUGCACUGCUGUCCCCCUAGCAAGGACCUCACUGCUGCAGGAGCUUCCAGCUACGUGCCUGUGUAUAAAUACAAGUCCCUUUAUGAGUGCGACUUUCAGUUUUAUCAGUUCUUCCACCUAAGGAACCGGUCCUCCACCUCCACAGGAGAUGACUGUAAUGACUUUUUGUCAUGCCGAAUCUCAGAGGAAAGCAAGGAGGAUAAAGAGGAGCAGAGCAGGUGGAAAGAUCAUGAGAAGAAAAACCAGCCAGCUGAUCUACCAUCACAACAAACGCUCAAACAUCAUGACAACACCAUGUCAUGUUUUGACAUUAUUAAAUCACCUUCCAAACCGGCAGAAAUAAUGGACUCUUCAGCGGUCACACACUCUAUUUCUGGAUCAGAUCAGGGUGGACCGGACAUCAGUGCACCCAGCAGGACUUUUGAUCUCAGGCCUCUGACAGCCAGGGGCUGGAGCACAGACACUCCUGCUGCAGGUCCUCACGUCGACUCUGUCAAGAACCCUCCUGGCAGUUCAGUCAGGACGCCCACUGUGAAGCCAUUACCUUUCUCUGUGGAGGCUCUGCUGAGGGCCUGACAGGCAAAUGGGAAGCCGAGUGCACUUUGUUAUGUAAGGAACUGAAUCUGCGGGUAUAAAUAUAUGAAAAAAAGUGCUAUUUUACAGGAAACACUUGUCUUUAAAGUGGAAAAUAUAUAUAUUUUUUAUUUUCAUGAAAGUAUAUUUUACUCUAUUUUCUAUAUUAUUAUAUAUACAUAUGUACUUCACUGCCAUAUUUUUUAUGUACUCGCCUGCAUUGACCAUAUUUUGUACGAUGCAAAACUUUAAACAGUUAUUCCUUUGUUUUUUUUUAACCUUCUCUGUAAGGAGUGCGAUAAAAAUGUAGUGAACCGCUCUGA